AAAAUGGCAGAUGCUGGGAAAACGUUGCAGGCGAACAACGCGCCUGAGUUGCCUCGUAUAGUAGUGAAAGACCAAAAACCUCUUCCAUCUUCACAAUCUCAAAAACCUUUUCGCUGUCCUAUCAACCAUUCUGUGGAGGCACAAUUCUCAGGUCAGAACUCAAAAAUUUCCUAUUUUUUAUCUCAAAUACAUAUACAAUUACAUCACAUACAAAUUAUUUUUAUGUGAAAAAUUAGUUUUGACUGCUAAUGAGCUCCUCUAAUGGCUGUAAAGCUCUCAUCGUUGACAAUUUCCCAGAAUAUCCCCAAAUGGGUCCGUUUACAUGCCUAUCUUUCUUCUGUUCCAUGUGCAAAUAGCUUUCAAAUUAUCCCACAAAAUGAUCAAAAUCCAUCAAAUUCUUCUGAAUUUGAAGCGAAGGUUCAAUUUUUAAACAACAAUCUAUAUCCGGAAGGUUUACUUCGGAUUUUAGAUUGCACAGAUGAUGUAAGUUCUUCAGUGAAACUAUUCAAAUGGGUUUCCCGUCAAAGACGGUUUCGCCACACCGCGGAGACUUACUAUCGGAUAAUAUGGAAAUUGGGUUUGGCUGGAAAUAUUGAUGAAAUGGAGGGGUUUUGUAAUGAAAUGGUAAUGGAGCGAUGCCCGGGUUCACAAGAAGCUCUUUUGACAUUGAUAGAUUCAUUUGUUGGAUCUCGCAGGUUUAAUGAAGCUUUACGGGUUUUUGCUAGUAUGAAUUCAGGUGGUUAUAGUAGUUCAAUAGAUGUAAUUAAUAUCUUAUUGGGUGCACUUGUGGAGGAGAAGAGGGAUUUUCAAGAUGUGUUGUUUGUAUAUAAAGAGAUGGUGAAAGCGGGAAUAGUUCCCACUGUAGAUACCUUGAAUUAUCUUCUGGAGGCUUUGUUUGAGGCCAACCGGGUUGACACUUCUUUGGAUCAAUACAGAAGGAUGAAUAAGAAAGGGUGUCAUCCUAAUAGUAGGACCUUUGAGAUACUAAUUAACGGUUUUAUUGCUAGGCACCGAGUGGAUGAAUCUAUUGUUGUUUUAGAUGAAAUGUUUGAACUUGGCUGUGAGCCAGAUUUGAGUUUUUAUACCAAUAUAAUACCUAUAUUUUGUAGGAUGAACAAACUGGAGGUAGGAAUGAAAUUGUUUAAAAUGAUGAGAGCUUCUAAUAUUUCACCAAAUUCAAUGACUUAUGAGGUUUUGAUACAGUGUUUCUGUGAGAAGCUUUGUAUGGAUGAUGCAAUAAACCUUCUUGAUGAGAUGAUGGAUAAUGGCUUAAUGCUAGCUGAUGAUGUGUUUGCGGAUAUGAUAGAGGCGUUUUGCAAGUUGGAUAAAUUUAGUGUAGCUAAGCAGUUGUUGGAAGAUAAGCAUGUUAUCAAAGUUUGUCCUCACAAUGCACUUCUUAGAGCUUAUUGCAAUGCUGGUAACUUCAUAUCAGCAAAACAUAUGUUCGAUGCAAUGGUUGCAAGGAACAUAGUUGACAACCAAUCUUGGAAUAUUCUUAUCAGAUGCCUAUGUGAGAAUGCAGAGCUUGAUAAAGCACUGGAAUUCCUCUGUAGAAUGAUUGUUUCUUCAUUUAUUCCCGAUCCUGCCACUUUCUCUGCUCUUAUUGUUGGCAAAUGUAAACUGAGGGAGCUUGAGGAUGCUGUGCAGUUAUUUCAUAAAGUUUGCACAAAAUGUUGGGUUUUGGAUUCUGUCUCUUAUGCUCAGCUUGUUGAAUGCCUUUGCCAGAGGAAAAAUAUUCUAGAGGCAGUUGAAGUGUUUUGCUAUAUGUCUAGUAAUAGAUGGGCUCUUCACUCCUCCUCGUUCAAUAUGUUGGUCAAGGGACUUUGUGUAACAGGAAAGGUUGAUAGAGCGAUCAGGCUGCUGCCAUUGGCCCACUACUCUGGUACAUCUUGUUAUAAUGCCACCUACAGUACAAUCAUGGUAGGUUUGUUUAAGUCAGGAAAGCCAAAUGAUCUCUUAGUAAUGCUUUCUCGAAUGGUGGUAGAGGGUUGUCCGCUUGAUGUGGAAGCAUAUUGCAUCCUCAUACAAAGCAUGGCUUUACAAGGAAAAACAAAGGGCUCUAUUUUAUUUUUCAAUUUGAUGAUUAGUGAAGGUUUAUUACCUGAUUCAGAAACACUAGCUAAUCUACUUAUAAGUCUGGCCAAACAUUCUCAGAUGCAUAUGAUUUCGCUUGCAAUAGAUAAGUUUGUCUUGAAAUGUGAGAUUCUUGAUUCAGCAAUGUACAACAUAUUGAUAAAUGGCCUCUGGAAAGAAGGAUACAAAAGGGAGGCCUGUCACUUCUUAGAUAUGAUGUUGGAGAAGGGGUGGGUUCCUGAUGCUAUUACUCAUGGAUUGUUGAUGGGAUCUGCUGUUAGAAAAGAAACAGACAGUGAAUUAUCUGGCUAUGAAAAUUUAAACAUGCAAGAUACCGUUAGUAACAUACUUGCCAAGGGCUUGGAAGAACAUAACAGAUCCGCAUGUGCAAUAGCAUUUUGAUCAGCUAAUUGCACAAUUUCCUCUUGGAGGGAGAAGUGUGUGACAACUUCAAGAUUGAAGUGUAUUAUCACCACUAUGUGAUGCCAUAUGGGUUAGAAACUGCUCGGGGACCUGGUUGUGGAUGUGUAGUGAGCCUGCAAUAUUUUAUCCUUUCGCAGUUGAUUGUUGACAGGACAGGUUAGGUCAUCUUCUCUGUUAUCUUGUAAUAUGUGAUAUUUAUGUGCUAGUAUAUUCCUAGUUGUAAUUUUUUUUUUUUUGCUUUCUAGAUUAUCAUAAGAUGGUGAAUUUGACAAAUUCAUUGAAUUAGCUAUGUUUCUUAUUAGUUCUAG